GCGCCGGCAGAGCGGCAGCAGCGCGGCCCCGAGCGGCCGCACCGGCACCGGCCCCGGCACCGGCCCCGGCACCGCCCGCGCCCAGCACCGGCCCCGGCCCGGCCCCGCGCCGCGAUGGCCGAGUACCGCAGGCUGCUGGAGGAGCUGGCGCAGAACAUCACGGCCGAGGACCUGGAGCAGCUGAAGUCGGCCUGCAAGGAGGACAUCCCCAGCGAGCAGAGCGAGGCCAUCGCCACCAGCCACGACUGGUUCGCCUUCCUCGAGAAGCACAGCAAGCUGGACAAGGACAACCUGUCCUACAUCGAGCACAUCUUCGAGAUCUCCCGCCGCCCCGACCUGCUCACCAUGGUGGUGCAGUACCGCACCCAGGUGCUCAAGAUCUCCGAGGAGGACGAGGUGGACACCAAGCUCACCCGCAUCCCCAGCGCCAAGAAGUACAAAGACAUCAUCCGGCAGCCCUCGGAAGAGGAGAUCAUCAAACUGGCCCCCCCACCCAAGAAAGCCUGAGUGGGGGGGACGAGGAGGAGGAGGAGGAGGAAGGCUGCGGCCCCCGUGUCCCCCCGCCGCCUCUCCGGCCCUGGGGCGCGGGCAGGCGGGGGGCAGGCACGGGCACUAACAAAGUCUUAGCGCCCCCCCCCCCACGGCCGGGC